UUUUAUUUUGAAAGUAUUGCUCUUGUAAUCACCUUGAUGCUUAUUUUUACAUGCCUUUCCCACUAACUCUUAUUUUUGGAUGUUAUACGACAACUCACAAAGAAAAAAAGACUUUUAAAAGCACCAAAAUAUUGCGAUUUUUAUAGAUGUUCUGAAUGUCUGUAACUCUGACAAUUUGAGACGAUCUGCAGCCUCGUUUCCGCUUGAAAAGUGGGUUAUGUCCGGUCUGAAUAUAAGCUCAGAAAUUGAGGAUUGUUUUGAGUAUUUCAGAUAAGAUACAACCUUUAAGGGAGACGCUGUCAUGGCAGAGAGGGAGGCAGGCAUGGAGGACGACGCCGGAAAUCUGCCGGCCAGAGAUGGCGAUGACGGGGAGGACGAGGCUUUCUGGGGGGGGACCAGGGGGGACGAGGACGAACAGCCAGGGGCCCAUCAGCCGGGGGACGAGGACCAACAGCCGGGGGACGAGGACCAACAGCCGGGGGACGAGGACCAUCAGCCGGGGGACGAGGACCAUCAGCCGGGGGACGAGGACGACGAGGAGGCGCCAGAGUCUUUUGAGCUGGACACUCCGGCAGAGCGCAGCGGCCACAUAGCUGUCGUUGAUAGAAAUAUUAUGUAUGUGUGGGGUGGAUACAAGAAUGGCCAAAAUCAUGGAUCCUUUGAUUUAUACCUGCCCAGAAAUGAGGUGUGGACCUACAACAUGGAGUCAGGAGUUUGGAUGAAGCAUGUCGCCGGAGGGAACCUGCACACGUCCAUGUCCGGCAGCUGUGGGACGUGUCUGGAUGGGGUCCUCUACCUGUUCGGGGGCCAUCAUGCCAGAGGAAACACAAACAGGAUCUACCGUCUGCCUCUCAGGGCGCCCAGCCUGGUGUGGGAGGAAAUGAGGGACCUGAAAGGACUUCCUCCGUCCUCCAAGGACAAGCUGGGAUGCUGGGUCCACAAGAACAGACUGAUUUUCUUCGGUGGCUACGGCUACACUCCCCAGGGAUCUCAUCGAGGGACGUUCGAGACAGAUGAAACGUCUUCUCUUAUGUGGGACAGUCCUGAACGAGGCUGGAACAACCACAUCCAUGUCCUGGACCUGGACACGUCAGCAUGGAGUCAACCCAUCACUCAGGGGAACACGCCGUCCCCCAGAGCAGCUCACGCGUGUGCCACGGUGGGAAACCGAGGUUACAUAUUUGGAGGGCGAUUCAAGAAUUACAGACUGAAUGAUUUGUACUACAUCAACCUGGAGACGUGGGAGUGGCAUGAAAUGAGCGUUCCUCAGCAUCCUGUGGGCCGGUCCUGGCAUUCCUUCACUCCAGUUUCACCAGAUCACAUCUUCCUGUUUGGAGGUUUCACCACCGAGAGAGAAACACUCAGUGACGCGUGGCUGUACUGCGUCAGCAGGAACGACUGGAAGCCGUUCAAGCACAGCUACACGCUGAGCCCCAGGCUGUGGCACACGGCGUGCUCCGGGCCGGACGGCGAGGUGUUUGUGUUUGGAGGCUGCGCCAACAACCUGCUGUCUCAUCAGAGAGCUGCUCACAGCAACGAGCUGCUGAUUUUUAACGUCCAGCCCAAAUCGUUAGUCGGGUUCUGUAUGGAGGCGGUUCUGCAGCACCGGGAGCGACUGUCCUCUCACUGGGACUGCCUGCCCAAACACCUGCUGCACAGCCUGAAGCAGAGGAUGUCCCGGGUCAACACGCUGGGCUCCUAGAACCGGGCAGGACCCACCAGCUAGCUCUGCUGGAGCGCUAACGUGUGAAAACAGGAAUUAAAAUGACAAGAAGAAAGAAACGGUUUUCUAUUUCUGAUGACACGCCCAGUUAUUUCCCUGCACAGCCAGGAGAACAUCUGGAAUCUCUCCAGAACAUUUGGAAACGGGCUGAACACAAGGCCAACCAAUCAGGACGGCCCUCAGAAUCAACCCGCUUUUCUGCCCGGCAACAGCUCAGAGACGACUGCAGCUGGAAAAACAGAUGUUUAAAGGUGAGGACAGGAAAAAACAAACCGUGGUUUAAAGUUCAGAUAUGGUUCUGGUUCUGAGGCCAGCUGUUCAUUCAGUAAGUCCAAACACAGCUGACUGUUAGGGCCAGACCAAGAGAUUUAUUUAUUUUAUUAAGUAUGAGGGUAAAGUUGUAAGAUUACCAAAAGAAAGUCGUAAAAUUACUAGAAAAAGGUUGAAAAAAGCUUGUUGUCCAGAUCAGUUUGUGAUUCUAGUUUUCACAAUCGCCUCAAAGUUCUGCUACUGAAACUGAAGUACAACUUCACAAGAUGCUCAAUUUAAUUUAAUCUUCAUUUUAAGUUAUUUUUUUGUGUUGAAGUUAUAAAAUUACAAUUUUAUUCUCAUUAUUCCAACUCUUUGACUUUUUUCUCUCCACUUAAAUCUUGUAACAUUAUGACUUUAUUCUCAUUGUAUGAAUUUCCAUAUUUUUUUCUCAUGUCACAAUUUUUUGCUCGUAACUUAUUUUUCUCAUCGCGGUACCAAUACUUUCUUGUACUCCUCUAAUUUCUUCUGGGUUAUUGAAUCUCAGAAAGUACAAAUGGAUAUUUUGCUUUCAUACAUAAAAAUCCAGAGGAGAAGCUUCCAGAACCCUUUAAAUCCAAACCUGGGAGCUUUUUGGGUUCUGCUGACUCGGUAGAUUCUGUUGAUGUCCAGAAGAGGAAACCAGAAAGUCCUCUGCUUCCUUCUCAACCUGAACAGAACCUCUGAGAAAACCUCUGAGAUGUGUGUAAAUCUUUAAAUUAACUUCAUGCAAAUGUAAAAUAGUGAAAUCUGGAGGUCCGUUUUUAAAUUUGUUUGAACACUAAAAAGGUCCAAUCUGAGCAGAAAGGCUGGGAUUGUUUAGCAGCAGGUUACCUGGUUUCAGGUAAUUUCGCUUCAGUUCUUGGCAGACUUCUGCUUGGAGAGCCGACCCGGUCGCCUGCUGGUUCUGCUCCAUCUGUACAGCUGUAAAUAAAAUGGCUCCUGUAGCUCUGAUCUCGUUGCACUGAAACGGUUCUGUGUCGGUUCGGCUUCGUCUGCACAAAAUGACCUCCUGUAACUUUAGGUGAACCAAGAUUGUAUCCAAAUAAAAUGAAAAUUACAAACAAA